UUUUUAAUCUGUCCUCAAAGUUCUUAACCGACAACAACCGCCAGGAAAGUUUGUUGAUUUUAGUUAUUUUAUCAGUGCAGAAAUUAAAAGAAAUACAUCAAUUCCUAACCAAUAUCAACAUGUGCACCAGUUUAAGAUAUUUUAUAUAUGCCUGCAUCGUCCUGAACGUAGUGCCUUACGUUUUCAGUAUAAAAUGCUGGAAUUGCCGGUCAAGUAACGAUCCUAAAUGCGCCGAUCCAUUCGACAACAGCACCGUGCCGAUCACUGAUUGUAAACAAGAAAAAGGAUUGUCGCAUUUACCGGGAGUCAGACCAUCAAUGUGCCGCAAAAUUAGACAAAAAGUAAAUGGAGAAUGGCGGUACUUCCGUGACUGUGCUUAUUUGGGUGAAGUUGGUAUCCAAGGCGAUGAGAGAUUCUGUCUUAUGAGGACUGGUACUUACAACAUCUUUAUUGAAUAUUGCACAUGUAACAGUAAAGAUGGGUGUAAUGGAUCAUCAGCGUUGAACCCGUUAUCAUUAUUUUUUGUUUUAUCUGCCUCUGCUAUUCUUAAGUGGUUAUUCUAAUUCAUAAGUUUUAAAAUGGAACAUCAACUAUGAAAGGAAAUUGGGCGUUCCUGGGUUAUCAGCGGCCAGCCAUGAAAUCGGUAUCAAACGAUAGCGCUAGUAAUUAGAAAUAACUUCUACUAAGGGUGUUAACCCAUGGGACAUUUAAGAAAAAAGUUAUUCGCAUUCAAAAAUGAAUGAGCGAAGACGUUUAUUAUUCGCAGUUUGUGAUAACUUAAUUCUGAGCUUUUUAAAUGCUUUUAAUCCCUUGUUCAGAUACAAGAUAGCUAUUUCUAAUCAAUCCUCAUUAUGUAAUAUAGGUGUUUGAAAGUUUUUUUUUUUGUUUUUGUACUUGUAUGGAAAGGAGGUCACUUCAAGCUGUGCUUAUAUGUAUAGUUCCAGCUGUGUUUGUACAUCUUGGACAGUUGUUAUGAGUAAUCAAAAGCAAAUUAAGGCUUACCUAGUAACUGGGUUCUUUUACAUUAAGUGCCAGAAAAGUUCAGAUUGAAAACAGUGGUUAUAGGACGAUGCCUACAUCUGUUGAUACCAAAAUUAUCGCUGGGCACUGAUAGCCCAGAGACCAUAGAAACUUAUCCAUUCUCUUUUAUGUUUUUUUACUGCAAUAAUUUAUGUAAAGCAAUAGUUUUUCUAAUAACUGUUCAGUUAUAUCUGUGCCUUAAAAAAAUUAUAAAGUUUUAAUUUAAUAGAACAAAUACAUAUUAACAAAAUAUAUUGUACAAUAUAUUUUUCUAACUUAGGUACCUAUCAGAUAUAUUUUGUAAGAUUGCAGCUUGCAUUUAUUACUGAAAAAUUUGAAUACCUUAAUUGAAUCUCUUAAUGUGUUUUUUUAUCAUAAAAUAUUAUUUUAGUUUAUAUAAUUAUAAAUGUAAGUGUACAGAGUUAAUAUUUUCCAAGUGAUUUUUUGUAAUUAUUUUAGUAUUCACUAUACCAUGUCAAAACCCCAAUGAUUUUUUUAUGAAAACGGCAUCACAUAUCUAGAGGUGUACUAAAAUGUAUACCAGAACAUGAAAUUAACAUAUGGGACAUUCUGUUGAUAAAAAGUUAAAUUUAACUUUAAUGUACUAAGAAUUUAUUGUAGCUCUAUCGAUUGGUAUAUUUAAAAUCUCGAUAUAUUUGUCCAAGACAAAUGUACUAACGUACUCUUCUUACUAAUAAUAUGUCCUAUUUUUAACAUAAAGUAAAAAAGUUAAAGUAUGUAUUGAGAAAUGCAUAAUUAUUUUAAUUUUGUUAUCCAAUAUCAGGUUAUCGAGAAUAAGUUAUAGUUUCCCAUAACUUUGCUAUAAGAGCAGAUUAUUAUUCUUAGAUAAAGGAACAGAAUUGGCCCUUUUGCAAUCAUACGCCCAUAUUGUGUGCUUUGACUUUACGAAAAGAAAGUUCGUUUUGUAUAAUAUUAUGUUAAUUAUGGCAAGUGAAAGUUUUUAUGACAACACAAUUCACCAUGGUGAGUUUCUAUGUUGUGUUUAUAAACAAAACCUUAUUAUGUAACAGUGAAAAUAACCAUAGACAUGUACCUACAAAGUUAAGGUUGUAUAUGUAUGUAUAAAUGUGUCGGUAUGUUCUUAUACAUUGAUAUAAUGCUUCUUAUAAGCUUAUUUUAUAUGUUGCACUUAGAUUUAAAGACUGAAUCCCGUCCAUGUAUAGUAUAAAACAAUUUUAGAAUGUUGACAUGAAUUAUAUACAAUUUUCGUAUAAAAUAAGCUGUUUUAUUAUUAUGUAAUUUAAUGUAAUCAAUCAACACCUCAGAUGCACGGAGCCAUUUAUGAGUGGUUAAAAUUUUAGAAAAUAAAAUACAGUGUCUAUUGGAAUUGCAUAAUAUGGGAAUUAAAACAAACAAACAUGAAUAUUUAUGAUAAAAUUUAUUAAUUAAACAACAUCAGAAUUUAUUUACGCGGUGUUUUCUAUAUUUUUUGAGAAUCAAUGCUGUCAAUUUUACACGCUUAUUAAUAACUUUUUUAUGUCAUUUUGCACAAAUAAGGCACUUCUAAGCAUAAGUGCGAACAUUAAACUGCUUGAUAAAUCAGCAAAUUGUGUUAGUACAUGCUUUUACUUAUUAUUAACUUAAAAUAAUGUAGACAUUGUAUUUAGAAUAUUUACAGUUAAAAUAUCUCCUUAACCAGUAAGUGAGAACAAUCUAGAAUAUAUUAAUAUCAGUGUGUGAGAGAGAAUAUAACUUACAUAAUAAGUUUCAGCUUUAUAGGUAAAAUAGAAGGGAGAAACAUUGACGAUAAAACGAGAACAACUAUUUUCAUAGUUUUUAGAGCCAGAAAAGUGAAAAGGUAAAGCAAACUACAAAUUAGUUAAGACCGCC